AGACACUGGUGCUGACCUGACACCACAUCCUGUGAAGAGCAUCAAAAAGCGGCUGCGUUUUUUUCCACUAUGAGCGACAUCCUUCCCCCUGAUCCACUGAACUGCUCCCAGUCUGUGAACUGCUCCCGCAGGAACCUGUCAUUGUCCUUCGGGGAGGAAUGUCAGAGUCACGUGCCCAUGUUCUUCGUGAUGGCCGUCGCCUACAGCGCCGUAACCCUCCUGGGUGUGAUCGGGAACCUGGCUCUGAUCAUCAUCAUUGUCCGCCAGAAGGAGAUGCACAACGUCACCAACAUCCUGAUCGCCAACCUCUCUGUGUCAGACCUGCUGGUGUCUGUGAUGUGCCUGCCCUUCACCCUCGUCUACACCUUCAUGGACCACUGGGUCUUCGGCGAGGCCAUGUGCAAGCUGAACAGCAUGGUCCAGUGCUUCUCCGUGUCCGUCUCCAUCUUCUCGCUUGUGCUCAUCGCCGUGGAGCGCCACCAGCUCAUCGUCAACCCGCGCGGCUGGAGGCCCAGCAACCUGCACGCCUACGUGGGCAUCGCUGUCAUCUGGGCCCUGGCUAUCUGCACGGCGCUGCCCUUCAUGCUCUUCUCCCUGGUGACAGACGCCCCGCUGAAGCUGCUGCCGCACUUCCACGAGCAGUACAGCGGGAAGGUGGUGUGCAUGGAGAACUGGCCCUCCAGGACGUUCAAGCUGACGUACACCACCUGCAUGCUGUUCAUCCAGUACAUCGGCCCACUCUGCUUCAUCUUCAUCUGCUACUUAAAGAUAUAUGCUCGCCUUAAAAGGAGGAAUAACAUGAUGGACAAAAUCAGAGAGAGCAAGUACAGAUCCAGCGAGACCAAGAGGAUCAACGUCAUGUUGUUCUCCAUCGUGGUGGCGUUCGCCGUCUGCUGGCUGCCCCUCAACAUCUUCAACGCGGUCAUCGACUGGAACCACGAGGCCGUGAUGAACUGCAACCACAACCCCCUCUUCUCCCUCUGCCACCUCACCGCCAUGGCCUCGGUCUGCGUCAACCCCAUCUUCUACGGCUUCCUGAACCGGAACUUCCAGCGAGACCUGCACGUGGUGUUCCGCUUCUGCAAGCUCUCCCCCAGGCAGGAGGACUACGACACCAUAGCGAUGUCUACCAUGCACACCGACGUGUCCAAAACGUCCCUUAAGAUGGGGAGCCCGGAGAUUUAG